UAUACACCAGCGUUAUUUUCACAUUCUGCCAACACAUAUCAUGGUAAAAAAUUCUGCACGGGACCUGCUUCGAAAAGCACGAGAGCAAAAGAAACGUCAGCAGGCACAAAGCAAAGCACGGCCAGUUCCACUACCGAAACAGCCCACCAACAACGAGCCCACACAAUCAAAACGACCACUUCCAGAUACAGAUGACGUAAAAGAGGUGGCAACUGAAGUAAAGCGGUUGAAAGUUGACACACCUACAGAACAACAGUCAGCCCUGUCACUUGUCGAAUAUGGUAGUGACGGCAGCGAGGACGAGAGUGAACCAAAGAGUGAAGGAGAGUCAGAGGAACAAGCUGACGAGGCCAAUGGCCUACCUGCAGGGUUCUUCGAUGCUGGAGUAGAGCCCGAGGUAGAUGGGGCAGAAGAAGACCCAGAUGUCCAAAUGGACGACGAGAAGCCAAAUGACCAGCCUGCUCUGCCCGCGGGGUUCUUUGACAGUGCAACCGAGCAAAAAGCUGCAGAGACAAAAACCUCUGUUGGCCAGAUACGUGUCGAGCAAAAGAAGGACCUGGCAAAGGAUCUGGCCAGCUUUGAGGCGGAGAUAGCCGAUCUCGCCGAAGAGAAUAGCCUUGUGCGCACGACCGAUGAGGCAGAUAUGCAAAAGUCGGCAAUCGACGAGCUAGACCGCAAGGACCGGGAGUGGAAGGCAAGGACACAGAGACUGGCCAAGAUGCGAGCAGUCAUUCAAGAGGGAUUGAAGGAAAUGGACGCGAGCCAGAUGGAAACGAACGAGGAGCAGGCUGAUGCGGCAUCAAGUGGGUCAGACUCAGACAUGAGUGACAUAGACGAGAUAGCGGACUGGCGGUCCCGGACAUUCUAAACGGACUAUAUUUUUCUUUAAAAUGAAACCGGGAUAUAACGCUAUGUUACUUGGCAUAUGCCGAAUUGAGAAGAUCAACCGACAGCGUCGCUGGGAUUGGGUCGUUGCGCAGUGCCGAGUCGACAAGGUGCAUGGCGAUAAAGAACUCGCCGGGGCCAAAGCGCCCAUCGAGGUUGCGGUCUGCCAGUGCCCAGAUGCGGCGCAGCUGGUCGUCCGAGAGGCGGGACCGCCCAAUUACUGCCUGCACUUGGUCAGACGUCAGAU